UGCUUUAUUCCGAACUCUGCGAUGCCCAAAAUUACCAGGCUGACACAGGAAGAAUGGUCGCAAAGUAUCCUUAUGAGGAGGUACAGAAGUCCCUCACCACCAGGUUCAGGAACAGCUAUUUUCCUACAACCAUCAGGUUCUUGAACCAACCUGCACAACCCUAAGCAACACACGAAAUGUUGGAGGAAUUCAGCGGGUGAGGCAGCAUCUCUGGAGGGAAAUGGACAGUGAACGUCAAGACAGUGCAGUCCAGCGGUGGUUUUGUUGGCGUGCCUGCAACUGGGCUCUGCCUACAGACUGGUGUGUUACUUUGCAAACUGGGCUCAGUACAGACCAGGAGCAGCGAAAUACGUCCCCGAUGACAUUGACCCCUGCAUGUGCACCCACCUGAUCUACGCCUUCGCUGUGAUGAGCAACAAUAAAAUUGUCACCUACGAAUGGAAUGACGUUACUCUCUAUCACUCAUUCAACGCUCUGAAGACCAGGAACAAAAACUUGAAAACACUUCUGUCAGUCGGAGGCUGGAACUUUGGAACUCAACAAUUCAGCACCAUGGUGUCCACACCUCAAAACCGUCAGACCUUCAUAACGUCAGCCAUCAGCUUCCUGCGUAAAUAUGGCUUUGAUGGUCUGGACAUGGAUUGGGAAUACCCUGGAUCAAGAGGAAGUCCUCCACGUGACAAGCACCUCUUCACGGUCCUAACUCAGGAGCUGAUCGCAGCCUUCGAGGCAGAGGGGAAGAGCACCAGCAGGCCGCGCCUCCUGCUCUCGGCGGCUGUGGCGGCAGGAAGACCCACCAUCGAAACGGCCUAUGAGAUUCCUCAGCUGGGAGAAACUCUGGACUUCUUCAACGUGAUGACAUACGAUUUCUAUGGUUCCUGGAACCCCUUCACCGGGGAGAACAGUCCCCUCUACGCACUCCCGGCCGCCCAAGGCAACAACAAGUACUUCAAUGUGGCCUACACCAUCAAAUACUGGAAGGAUAACGGCGCUCCGGCUGAAAAGAUCAACGUGGGAUUCCCUGCCUACGGACGCUCAUUCACACUCAGCACGUCCAGCACUGCUGUUGGAGCCCCCUCCGUUGGCCAGGGGCCUGAAGGUCACUACACUCAGGAAGCUGGCUUCAUGGCCUACUUCGAGAUCUGCCUCUUCUUAAAUGGUGCUACGCAGAAAUGGGACGGACCACAGAUGGUGCCGUACGCAUACAAGGGAAGGGAUUGGGUUGGAUACGAUGACCCCAAGAGUUAUGAAAUCAAGAUCAAAUGGCUGAAGGAGAAUAAGAUCGGAGGGGCCAUGGUAUGGACACUGUCCCUGGAUGAUUUCAGUGGUACCUUCUGCCACCAGGGUCGCUAUCCUCUCAUCAGCAAGCUGCACACUGAGCUCAACAUUAAUCCAGAAUGUGUGGCUCCUCCUCUCCCCACCAGUGCUCCCAUGAAAAGCCCUGGGAACCUCAACUUCUGCAAAGGGAAAUCCAAUGGCUUCCAUGCCGAUGCACAGAACAAGAACUACUACUACCAGUGCAUGAAUGGAAAGACCUACUUGCGAAAGUGUGACACUGGUUUAGUCUUCGAUCCAUCCUGCGACUGUUGUAACUGGGCUUAAGAAGCCACAGGCCACCCCGAGCAGACUGGAACUGAAGCAGUGAAACAGGUCACCGUGUCCUAGAGUAAGUGUCCACCAACCGUCACCUUGACCGCUCCAGCAACGUCUCUCAAGUAGUGAUACCGAUUGUAACUGAAAAAUAAAGAAUUUGCA